GCUUUUACUCACAUUAGCUCCAGGAUAAAUCAAGUCGCGGACCCGAACAUGGCAUUAGAACAGAAGCCUCGAACACUGAAGUUCUGAAGAAAAUAAAGCGAUAAUGGAGUCUUCUUCAUCCUCUCACCAUGACCGCCAUGAAAAGACGCUCACGAUCACCCAAAUUGAACAACUCGGCGUCGAAGAGAAGGUCGCAGAGAUCUUCCAAAUCCUCAAUGGCGUAUCUCCUCACACGCGAUCGCUCAUUAUGGAACUUCAGCGUGAUAAACACAUAGAGUUUUUGACAAGAGGGCUCAGGCUACUUGGUCCAAGCUAUCACGUGCUAGAUGCAAACCGACCAUGGUUAUGUUAUUGGAUUCUUCAUUCCCUUGCUUUAUUAGGAGAGCCCUUGGACUUGGAGUUCGAGAACGCAGCUGUGGACUUCUUGUUACGAUGUGAGGCAGAAGAUGGUGGAUAUGGUGGUGGACCAGGGCAGAUGGCUCAUCUUGCAACAACAUAUGCUGCAGUGAAUUCACUUAUUACUUUGGGAAGCAUGUGGGCAUUAUCAUCAAUAAACAGAGAUAAGAUGUACAAGUUUUUGUCACAAAUGAAAGAUCCAUCAGGAGCCUUCAGAAUGCAUGACGCAGGUGAAAUGGAUGUAAGGGCAUGCUAUACAGCAAUUUCUGUUGCAAGUAUCUUGAACAUUUUGGAUUAUGAGCUUGUGAAAGAUGUUGGAAGUUACAUCGUAAGAUGUCAAACAUAUGAAGGUGGUAUUGCUGGAGAACCGGGUUCUGAAGCUCAUGGUGGGUACACAUUUUGUGGGUUGGCCACAAUGAUAUUAAUAAACGAGGUUGAUAGGUUGGAUUUGCCUAGACUGCUUGACUGGGUGGCAUUCCGUCAAGGUGUGGAGUGCGGAUUUCAAGGACGAACAAAUAAAUUGGUCGAUGGUUGCUAUUCAUUUUGGCAAGGAGGCGUGCUUGCUUUAAUGCAAAGAUUAUUGCCGAUUGCGGAUGAGCAGUUAAAGCUAACAUUUGUUCCCAGAAGCUGUUUAUCUAUGAAGAGUUCGAAUAAUUCUAGAUCAGCUGAUACUGGAGAUAGCCCUGGUCUGUAUGAUGAUUUAUGCCAAAGUAGUACUUCUCAUCAACAAAUUGAAGGGAAAUUGCCAGAUGUUGGUCUUGCUUUCAUAAACAAAAAACCCAAUUGGGGCCCUCUAUUUAAUAGCACUGCUUUGCAACAGUAUAUACUGUUAUGCUCUCAGGUACUGGAGGGAGGAUUCAAGGACAAACCAGGGAAGCAGAGAGAUCAUUAUCACUCUUGUUACGUCCUCAGUGGUCUCUCAGUGAGCCAGUAUAGCUGGUCAAAAGAUGAGAAUGCCCCUCCAUUGCCUAAGGCUGUUCUAGGCCCUUACUCUAACCUUCUCGAGCCCAUUCACCCUCUAUACAAUGUAAUCCUGGAUCGAUACUACAAGGCCCAUGAAUUUUUCUCAGGGCGUCAAGCACAAGAUUAGAAGGCAAAGAAACUGAAGUCAUAGAGCAUGUUUGUAUUUGUGAUGAUAAGGCGAAUGUCUGUGUUUUGUCGACUAGUUGAUCUGUUGAUUUUGUAGUUUGUUAUUAUGUGUGUGUCUGUGGAAGACAAAGUUGUCUUGAAAACCUUUAGAUUCCUAUGUUGGGCCGUUAUCAUUUAGCGGAUGAAGUGUCCCUGGGCUUAUUUAUGGAUUUUUGAUGAAUUGGGAAGAUUCUUUUCUUUUA